GACAUAUUGAGUAUGACCGAAGAAUGAUGAAUAUAGAAAUGAGUCCGUUGGGUUGACAAGCUGUAGAAGAUGCAGUGGGAGAAAGGCCAAGCGAGUUUGCAGGGACCGGUGGUUGGCCGGCGGUGGAGCGCAAUCCGCGCUCGAAACCACCACCCUCCUACAAAACACCCCAAAAAUAAUACACAACCCACAUCGAUGAUUCUGAAUUGCCACUCAAAGAGGGCAUCUCUUUCCUCUCGAUUUAGACAGCCUCUCGCAUCAAUCAAACACCUCUCUUCCGCCCCUCUACCUUCUUUGCCAUUUUCCUGAAACCCAAAACACCCUGCUUCCUCUUCCUUUCUCCUUCCCCCCCGCCAUUUCUUUCUGAGGAAGCAGGUCUGUCUCUCUUGCAAGCCCUUCUUCCUCUUUUUGCGAUUGCAGUCUGUCUCCAACUCCAACCAUGGCGUUUUCUUUUCUUGUUCUUCUUCUCUUUCUCUCUGGUAUUUCUUCCUCAGAGUCCAAGCUCAAUGUCAACUACUACCAGAAGUCCUGUCCAAACUUUGAACGCAUCAUGCAGGAUGCGAUUACCAGCAAGCAAAUCAACAGCCCCACCACCGCCGCCGGCACUCUCCGCCUCUUCUUCCACGACUGCAUGGUCGAUGGCUGCGACGCCUCGGUUCUCAUCAGCUCCAACGCCUUCAACACCGCCGAGCGCGACGCCGACAUCAACCUCUCCCUCCCGGGCGAUGCCUUCGACCUCAUCGUCCGCGCCAAGACCUCCCUCGAGCUCACCUGCCCCGGCAUUGUCUCCUGCGCUGAUAUCUUAGCUCUCGCCACCCGUGACCUUGUCACCAUGGUCGGCGGGCCCUAUUACGAUGUCCAACUGGGUCGGAAAGAUGGGCUGGUGUCUCAAGCCUCGCGGGUAGAAGGAAACCUCCCACGAGCAAACAUGACUAUGGAUCAACUGAUAGCAAUUUUCGCUGCCAAAGGCUUCAGUAUACAAGAGAUGGUGGCAUUAUCAGGAGGACACACAAUUGGGUUCUCUCACUGCAAGGAAUUCAGCAACAGAAUCUUCAAUUACAGCUCCACUUCCGACAUCGACCCAGCUUUCCAUCCCAAAUUCGCACAAGCGCUAAGAAACGUCUGCGCAAAUUACCAGAGGGAUACAGCCAUGUCGGCAUUCAACGACGUGAUGACACCCAACAAAUUCGACAACAUGUACUACCAGAACUUGCCCAGAGGACUGGGGCUUCUGAGUUCCGACAAUGUGCUAGUCACCGACCCCAGAACGAAGCCAUUCGUGGAACUUUACGCCACCAACCAGAAGGCGUUUUUCAAUGACUUCGCUCAUGCAAUGGAGAAGCUGAGCGUGCGUGGGAUCAAGACCGGGCGAAAGGGAGAAGUGCGGCGCAGGUGUGAUGCCUUCAACCAUAUUAAGACUUGAUUUGAGAUUUGUUGUGGGUUUUCCUUCUUCUGUGUGGUCAGAAAAGAAUGAGAGAAUGUCUUCUUUUUUUUUUCUUUUUUUCUUUUUUUCUUUUCUAGACUUGUGUUACUCCUGUGGCGAUGUGUUUGUGAUGUGUUUGAUUGAUACUUUUUUUAUACAAAGAAGAUGAUGAUUAUUUGGUAAAUGGAAAAAGUAGAUGCUUGUAUUCA